AUGGAUAUGAAGGAGGGCUGGAGGGUCCGACAUUUGGACGACGAACCCAUAUACUGCGAUGCUCCUUGUGACGAAGCGGAUAUGCUAUGUGCAGGCUUUGACCACGAAGACGACAAGACCCUGGAGGAGAGAAGACGCCGAUAUGAAGAGGCUGCGACUCGGUUUUUGCAGGGGCAUACGCCGAGACUGCUAUCCACGAUUCUCAGAGGCCCCUUCGAAGGACCAGACGCAAAAGGCUGGGUGAACCCAUGGCAAUCAAGAAGCAAGAAUACGUUAGCUGCCACACAACCAGCACCAACGCCUGCUGUCAAACCCACCACAGAGUCCGAACAAGGCAAUGUCGAAGAGCUUGAUGUCGAGGAUGCAGCGUCUUGUCACCUACCGAGCCCGCGAAGCCUGGAUCAAGUUGGUUUGAGCCCGCAUCCUUUCAUGGAAACAGACGAACUCGAGCGAGUCCAAGCAUGGAGAAGUAGUACGGAGUCUGUCAGUGAAACACAAGAGUAUCCUUGGUCGCUAGACGCUUCUCUUUCGCAGUCCCAUUCACAAAUCCAACGUAAGCGACGGUCAACAGGAUCAGAAUGGCUCAAGCGGCAAGACACCAAACGACGCAAGGCAGGGGAUACAAAUGAUACCAGGGCAGAUCCCGGUGCUUCCCAGCUUGAAGACGCAGCCCUCAACCAUAAUAUGUCACACCUUGUCCAAGAACGAGAGGACGCAGUCAUGGGGGAUGAGACCGCAAGCUUGGAGAGCUCUCGAAUAAACCCACAGACUCCGCAGAAGGCUUGGCAUUCAACUGUGACUCUAUCGCAUCAGCAACAACUUUCCCAAACUCGCAACAACCAUGCCGCUGCUAUCCAGGAGGGGAUGCCAGCGGCGCUGAGCACGCCGAUCCAGACUCCCCAGUCCACUAGGAAGAAAGGAGUCAAUAUUGAAGAGAGUGCUCCGCACAGCAGUGGUGUCACUAUGGUCAGGGAAGAAGCUGGCAAGAAUGCCGAGGGUAGGCAUGAAUUCGAGACCCAGCAAGACGAAAGCUUCUUGUUCCGGGCAAGACGAAGGAACCAAGCCCUCAAUACCUCGAACUUGAGUCCCUUAAGGAGAAGGUCCUCCGGCCGAGUUUCUUCUGCCGCUUCCACUACUUCUAUUGAGACUGACUCUCAAGGCGAGGUCCAAGAUUUGGAGGGCGAUGCUUGCAUGGCUGACGACACCAAAGCUACCUCCCCAGAAUCCAACGCGGAGGAUGAAGGCCAAACUUCUCCAGGGAAGGAUACAGUGCAAGGGGUGGAGAGCCACGGGUUAAUCUCAGAGCCUAUGAGCAGUGAUACAGCCCCCGAUGCGACGAAAAAAGACUUGGACCCCACAGAAACGAUCAACAACGAAGUCACAGAAGUACUUGAAAGUCUAGAUCAGCAUUUGCCAGUUCAGACGAACCCAACAGCAGGUGCCACAGAUUUGAUAUCGAGCCAAGAACCGACCCUCGUGGCAUUUUCUGCAACACAGGAGCAGCAAGAGGAAUUGCCGCUGAAAGAAGUUGACCUAGAGCCACUAUGCCCGCCAACACCUGUGAAUCAAUCCCCUACACAAAAGGAACCAGCAAUCCAAGCCUCCAGUUCAUCCACGGGCAUACUACCGAAUCUUUUCUCUCAGAGUCCCUGGUCGAAGCUGAGCCAGUUUAUCAUUGCGAGGAGUCCCAAUCCAUUGAGCAACGCUGAUAGGAACCACCGACAACCGGCCAAUGCCGACGUAUCUAUUGCCGAAGGCUCCAAUGCUUCGCAGACUCCGGCAACACCAUUGAUGACGUUAGCUACCGAUGCCGCUAUAUCUAUUGAAAGAAAACCUGAUCAAGCAGCCGAGCGACCUUCGCCAUGCACUACCAACACAGUAGCGGGCACAGUCAAUCAGCAAAAUAGUCCCGCACUACCGGCUUCGCAACAAAGUCCAUGGAAUAUGGACGUACCGGCCAUUGCUCUGCCUCAGCAGCAGCAACAACCGAAGGAGAGUGAUACCGACAGCUUCAUCGACCCAAGCUGCCAAAGUCCUUGGACUGUGAGUCCAGCAAAAAUGCGCCAAGCGGCCCGGGAAGCCCUUAUGUCAAGAUUCUUCAAUGUUACUGAACCACCUUCGCCUUCCCCGCUUGCUCCAGUCGCUGUGAUGACUCCUGCGGCUUCAUCUGUCGGCAACGAGCAGUCCGCCACCGUCGACGCCCAAGAGUCAGUGUCGCCAGUACCCAUUUUCUCGAUCAAGUCCUUUGCAAACUUCCUUUCCCCAUCGCCCGAAAAGCCACGCCGACGUCUCAACAAGGUCCGCAGAAGUACCGUUCACCUACCCAGUACACAGAACCUGAUCGCCGCUACAACCGACAAUCCAUGGGACAGUGUACAAAAGUCCGUCAAAAGGGUCAGAUGGGCACUAUUGCCCAACGAAGUCGAAGGCGACAAAGACAUUGAGUACCGAGAUCCCAGUACGCCCACGACGCAGAAAGCUGCUUCGCCACCGCCAGAGACAGCAGUAGCUGAUUUACCAACCGGCGAAGACGACCAAUAUAAAAAGCACUUCCAAGCUGUCUCGCUCCGAAAGAAGCUGCAUCACCACCUCUUGCCUUCAGCAUCUCAGCAGGUAUUGGAGAGUCCGGGUCCGAUGGCCAUGGCGGAGGCCUUUGUCUCCGCAGAUUCAUGCCGACCACCUCCAGCGCCAGAGGCAACGAUGCGUGUCGAUGAUAUCCCAUUGGUUCAGAACAAUGUCGAGAGUCAAGAGUCUGCGAUGGAUGACGUUGACGACGUCCUUCGUCACCUCAACGAAUUCAUCGAGAUGGUCGAUGUUGAAGCUGAUCUCGCAAGAGCUGAAGAGGAAGAGAGGAAGAAAAUCGAUAAACAGCAACAGCAGCGGGUCAGCCAGGCUCUAGGCAACGGACUCGGAGACGGCUUCAGCUUUGACGCGAUGAUGGACGCAGGAGUGUGGGAUUGA